AUGCUGCCGGCCAUAUUGUUGCCGGGAGAGGCCGUUACCUUGAUCGAGCCAAGUGUGUCUCAUGAAUCAGGCUAUUUGGCCGCCAGACAAGAUGAGAAGGUCAAGGUUCUCUAUGUGGGAAGGCACGACGUCGAGGACGAAGCUGGAUGGAUUUACGUCCAACGACUUGUGGAAGAUGACAGCAACAAGCGCGAUGAGAAGGAGGGCUGGCUCGACACAAAACUCGUCAAGCUCGACCGCCGAGUCGGAGACAAGGUAACUGUGGGGCCGAACUUGCGGCCCGCGAUUUACGACGUCAUUCAGCUGAAAUGUUGCAGUGGCGACGCUGUAGAGGUGAAACAUUGGGGGCGUGAGGACAACGAAGAUGAGAGAAAUUGGAUUUUUGCUGAGGGCCCAGAUAAACAGCGAGGUUGGCUCCACCUGGAAAGUGUCGAUAAGUGGAAAUCUCAUUCGGACCAGACCGAGCCCAGGCCGUGGCACGCCCUCCUCCAAGACACCGACUUGCUCCCGUUCCCAAACAUCGCUCCGGAGCGCCAGUCGCAGUAUGCGUCGUACGAGACAAGCAAGGUCACAAUUACUAAAGGGAUGGUCGUCCAGGUUGAGCAGUACGAGGGCAAGUGGGUCAAGGUCAAAGUCAAGAAAGGUGUUAGCGGAUGGAUGCCUACAUCAAAUCUCAAUGCAGAUGCUUCCCAGGAGCCUCCCCCUCCACCACCAUCGCCACCGCCCACUGCCUCUGUUGUCAAGAUGACCUCGCCUGAUGCUUCCAAGGGGCUCCCACCGAAACCAUCGCGACCACCACCGAGGGCUUCACAUGUUGAACCUGCACCAGCGCCAGCGGUUGCAGAGUGCCGGGGCGGUCCGGCCCUGGAGCCCAAGGCUACUAAACUUCCACCGCCACCUCCUCCAUCGGAGCCGUGUCCAUUGAAGGUUUCCGGACAACGUGCUGGAAGACAGCCAGGUGCUGCACAAACAGGAGGUGCUCUCCCACAGCAGGACGUUGUUCAGAUCAGCGAUGCCGACGCUGCAGGAGGUGGUUCGCUGGGUCGGAUUGCCUUAGCCACAUUCGGGCUGGAAACCCUGGAUGGAGACCUUUGCUCCAAGUGCUACGAGCACCCAGGUGGAGGUGCGGCUUACCGAGCAAGCGACGAGGAGCUGAACGAAGCCCUGACUCGCAGGAAGUUCCCGUCAGAGGUCAUCCUCGAUGCGCGGAUGUUUCCAGACCCUGAUGCUGGAAAUGUGACCAGGCACUCUGGAAGGCAUCACAUGAUCAUAACGCGCCUCUUCAAUCACAGGAAUUUUAAGAUGUGGCUGGAAAGGGCGAAGAGGAAAAUUGAAAAAGCCGCUCGUGAUGCUGCGCCAUCAGGAGGCGGCAGUGGAAGCUUCAAUGUGGCCGUGUACUGCCGUGCUGGCAAGCAUCGCUCGGUGGCGGCUUCAGUGAUCUUGCACUAUAUCCUCAAAGCUGAGGGCUGGACCUGCCCUGACGUGCAGCACUUGUCCUAUGAACGAUGGGGCAGGAACUGCUGCAAGGGGCAGUGCAAAGAGUGCCUGGAGCCACCUGAUGAUCUGCAGGAAAUCCUUCGAAGUGCGCUGCGACUCUGGCGCGACCUGCGAUGA